UAAAUAUAGUACAAUAAAAUGUUUAUGAAAUUUAGACAUAUUAAGUCGCUGGAUUUUGACAUGCAUUUUACAUUUGUACUACAUUGUAUUAUUAGUGAUAAUACAUUGGAAAGAUUCUGACUGAUUUCGGAGUGCUACAUUUUCAAUAAAGACAUUGUGACAGAAUGGUGAAGCAAUCAUUGACAAUAUUCCUGCUUAUACUAGUCAUAAGUGAAAGCAAUGGAACGUUAAGUGACUUUCUUAGCAUGGCAACUGACAUAGCCGGUGCCCUUGGAACUGAGAGUUCUGGGCAGUUUGAGAGAGGAAAAGGCUGCACGAUAAACUGGUCAUACAAAGGACAAAUGAUAGGGUUUAAGUGGAAAUACAUUGGGAUCUGUUCUGAUUCUUGUACUAAAGAAGUGGAGACAGUGUUUUACAAUAGUAGAGCCGGAUCAAUAGAACAUUGUUUAGAGAAUUUAUAUCACAAAAUAGCAAGACAUGGAGAUCUCUAGAAAAGUGUUAUGAACAUAGUGAGUUUGUAUGAAAGACAUGACGUUCCAUAUAUUCAAAGGGUCUUAAAAUAAACUCUAAAAGACGAAUCAGGAAAUAUGACAUUGAAGACAUUUGUAUAUAUUACUCUUUAUAAUUGAAUGGCAACAGUUUUUCUUUUAUUCAGACAUAUAAUGACACCCAAACCUCUUUAGCACAAAUCCAUAUAUACUGGUUAUGAGCUAGAUUUAAUCUACUUAUGUCGCAACAUCUUUUUUUCGGCUUACUUACUUUCCAUUUCUAAUAUGUUCAUACAAAUUGUUUUAAAGUUUUCUUUAUUCUUUUGCCCAUUUUUGUCUGUUUUGACUUUUUAUUAUUUAGAUGAUAAACAUGUAUAGCAGUCUUUGAUAUAAACAACCUAAUAUUA